GCCCACAGUCAGUAUCAGAAGUCCAAAAGAAUUUCCAUCUUUCUGAGCAUGCAAGAUGAAGUCGAGACGGAAGAGAUCAUCAAGGACAUUUUCCAACAAGGCAAAACCUGUUUCAUCCCCCGCUAUCGGUUCCAGAGUAAUCACAUGGACAUGGUGAAGUUGGCCUCGCCAGAUGAGAUCUCCUCGCUUCCUAAAACGUCCUGGAAUAUCCAUCAGCCUGCUGAGGGUGACGUUCGUGAGGAGGCUCUGUCGACAGGGGGACUUGAUCUCAUCUUCAUGCCAGGCCUGGGCUUUGAUAAGCAUGGCAACCGGCUGGGCCGGGGCCGGGGCUAUUAUGAUGCCUACCUGCAGCGCUGCCUGCAGCUGCCAGGCCCGAAGCCCUACACCAUUGCCCUGGCCUUCAAGGAGCAGCUCUGCCCCCAGAUCCCAGUUGGCGAACAUGACAUGAGUGUGGAUGAAGUCCUCUGUGAAGACCCCUGUGAAGCAGAAGACCAGAUCCCCUGAGAAGACCUUGAGCUCAGAUAACCACACUGAGUGGAAGAAAAUGUGUUUCCCUUGUCAGAGUUAGUUGAAAUUGCUCAUUAAAGUGAACAUGGCCUGUGCUA